CUUGCAAGUUGAGUUUUGCGAGUUUCUAUUGGACCAAUCUUUUAUAAUGUGGCUUCUGGAAUGGUGAAUUCAUUUAAAUAAAUUUCAUAUCCAACUGUUUGUUUUAUAAACUUCGCAUCUUUCAUCCACGCUUUUAACAAUUAAUUCUUUGGAAGCAUGAAAACUCGAAGAGGGAAACGAUCUGAGGCAUUUUGGCCAUCGAUUGUGAUGAAAAAAUGGUUGAAUAUUCAACCAAAGAAUAAUGAUUUUAGUGAAGACGAAAUCGAUACAGAAACUGAAAGUGAAGAUGAUGAUGCUUGCUCUCUUAAAGACGAACAGAUGGAUUUCAAGGAUGAGAAUUCUCCUAGAAUGCAGAGGAACAUGUCUGCAUGCUCGAUUCACACCUCAACUGUGAAGCCUACAAAGACGUUGGUAAACCACAAGAGGGGGAAAUCGGAGGAUGUUCAUAAUAUUAAAAGAAAAGAUGUGAGGAUAAUGAUCGGGACUUGGAAUGUUGCGGGAAGGCUUCCCGUUGAUUGCCUUGAUAUCGACGAUUGGCUUUGUAAGGAUGAACCAGCUGACAUAUAUAUUCUCGGAUUCCAAGAGGUUGUCCCUUUGAAUGCGGGUAAUGUACUCGGAUCUGAGACUCGAGCGCCGAUAUCAAAAUGGGAGGCAAUCAUUCGAAAAUAUCUCAAUAAAUCAAGAGAACCUGAAGUCAUACCCAAAAGCUAUAGUGCUCCGACAUCUCCUGUUAAUGAGAUCAAAAGCAAUGCGGAUUCCUCGUCAACAGAAAUAACAGAUCCCAACAAGAAAGUGCUCACUUCAAUGAUCGGGUUAACCGGAUUUUACGGCCUCGAUUGGCCCGAAUAUUCAUUGGAUAUAAAACAUGAUAUUUGUGUUUCUGGUAAAAAAUUGCGUAGAAUGCUAAGUAGCUCUGAUCGAGUUCGUAAUGACUGGUUCACACAUGAAGGUAGCAAUUUUGGUCCGCGAGGUCGUGUGGUUGAUCUUGGAGGUUUGAGAAGGGUGCGUCAUAGCUCGAGUGACCUGGGCUUGUUAUGGAUGGAGCAACAAGAAAGGGCUGAUUUCGUUCAUUCUCUUUAUGAAAGAGUGUUGGAAGAAAAUGGUAACUCUUUUAUAGAAGGAAUGGAAACUGAACACGAGAUACCAUCGAUAAAAAGUAGCGGAAAUUUUCGUAGGUAUGUGCGAAUCAUGAGUAAGCAGAUGGUAGGGAUAUACCUUUCGGUUUGGGUUCGAAAAAGGUUGAGAAGACAUAUCAAGAACAUAAUAGUAACACCCAUUGGCAUAGGGCUUAUGGGGUAUAUGGGUAAUAAGGGAUCUAUUUCCGUUAGCAUGUCUCUUUAUCAAACACAAAUAUGUUUCGUUUGUUCUCAUUUGACAUCGGGACACAAGGAUGGGGAUGAAACGAGGCGCAACUCUGAUGUCAUUGAGAUCUUGAGACGAACUCGCUUCACGUCGGCGUUAGAUCCUGACCAAUAUCAAACAAUUCCAUCUCAUGAUCAGAUAUUUUGGUUUGGCGAUCUGAAUUAUCGUAUCAAUAUGGCGGAUGUAGACGUUAGAAAACUAGUUGUCUUGAAGAAGUGGGAUAAACUACUCUAUAAGGAUCAACUAUGUAAUGAACUUGGAAGUGGGCGUGUCUUCGAUGGAUGGAAGGAGGGCGAUAUCAAAUUCCCACCCACUUACAAGUACGAAAUCAAUUCGGAUCGCUAUGUAGGUGAAAGUCCAAAAGAAGGGGAGAAAAGAAGGACACCAGCAUGGUGUGAUCGUAUUUUAUGGUUGGGAAAAGGCAUAAAACAAGUUAGUUACAGUAGUGUGGAUUUACGAAUGUCUGAUCAUCAACCUGUCAGAUCGGUUUUUUCGAUUGAGGUUGAAGUCUUUGAUCCUAGAAAGCUUCGUCAAGCUCUUAAUUUGACUAGAACAGCCAUUCUUCCGGAUAUAAUCACGGAUGACGAACAUGAAUUGCAAUUAUAGAAAAGAGGUUUAAGUUCAAAAAUUCUAGUUCAUUGAUGAGAUUAGUAUUAAUAUCGGGUUUACAUAAUUAUUAGUGUGAAUGUGGAUCUAAGCUCAACGGGUACAUUUAUUUGUUAUUGACCAAGCAUCCAUUGACAAAUAACUUGUCAAUUUAUUCAAAUUUCUACAAAAAUCUUGACAUUAAAGUUAAAAUAUAUAUAUUAAUCAGC